AUGGCUAGUGAAAGGAACAAUGCGCUCGUCGGAUUUGUGAAUGCCUUCCAGAAAUAUGUUUGGAUUGACCCGACUGUGGUCAUCCGACCUGAAGCAACAAACAUCAAAAACCAAAAGGCUGUGACGGGAUUGAUCGACAGUCAUGGCUUCGACUGGCGCGUGUGGCUUGUCGCGUCUUCAGGCUUCUUCACGGAUUCCUAUAAUCUCUUCGCGGUCAACGUGAUCCUACCGUCUCUAGGCUACGUGUAUUGGCCCGAUAACAACGACAAUGUCCAGGAGCUGCGCAUCAACGCGUUGACUCUAUCCGGUUCCGUCGUUGGGAUGAUACUAUUUGGUAUCUUGGCCGAUACAUAUGGUCGACGGAAACUGUAUGGGAUAGAACUGAUCAUCGUUAUCUUCGGCACACUGGGCACUGUGCAGGCGUCCAGCGGAUCGCAAGACUCCAUGUCGGUGGCUGGCUGGCUGAUGUUCUGGCGCUUUUUCAUGGGCAUAGGCAUUGGAGCGGAAUACCCGCUGAGUGCUGUUAUCACUGCCGAGUUUGCCCCAAAGCAUGCGAGAGCACGGAUGAUGGCUGCCGUCUUCCUAAUGCAAGCCCUGGGACAACUGGCCGCGGCUCUAGUUGGCCUGGUUGUCCUCCUAUCACUAGGAUCGAAGAACAACCUUGAAAACCUCUCCGCCAGUGACCAUACAGCUCAGAGUGUUAGAUGUGUAGACAGCAUCUGGCGUAUAGUUAUCGGCACAGGAGCGGUCCCGGCCUUGAUAGCCAUCAUCUUUCGCGUAACCAUUCCGGAGUCCCCCCGAUAUACGUUGGAUGUGGAUAGGGAUGGGCAACGAGCACUGGAAGACACAAAGGACUACUACGGCGCUGGCCAUGCGGAUGGUUACGGUGCAUAUAUUUCGGCAGUGGAAUUAAGAGAUUAUCCCGGACACAGCAACGGCUCACAUCAGCAAUAUGGCAUCACAGCUGGGCUUGAUAUUGACGGCGACUUCGAUGAAAGACAACCCCCUUCUCCUAGGCGUCAAGAAGAUACCGGGAGAAGAGGGUUUCACGAGGCGGAACAGGCAGAGGAGGAAGAGGAAGAGGAAGACUCUGAUUCUGAACAAGAAGACGAUGUAGAGGACGAGGAUGAGGACAGUCAAAGCAUUGAAUAUAGGCCCACGCUUUUCAGUUCCACUGAUUUAUACGACUAUUUUAAGACCCAGGAAAACUGGCAUUUCUUGGCCGGAACUACUACCUGUUGGUUCUUCCUCGACGUUGCUUUUUACGGCCUGGGAAUCAGCAACCCUCGACGCAUUGCCCAGAUAUGGCUAUCAAAAGCACCUGAAUACGAUUUUUCAAACUCAACUCUGGUAGAUUGGCAGACUACAGACCCUACAAAAAGCAUAUACGAUGUCCUCAAGUCUGAUGGUAUUCAAUACAUCAUUACCGUGUCAAUCGGGUCUGUCGUUGGUAGCUUUGUCCUGAUCAAACUAAUUGACUAUGUACAGCGUAAGGCUUUAUUGAUGUGGAGUUUUAUCAUAUUAGCAGUGCUAUUCGCUGUCAUCGGUGGAAGCCUGUUCGCGGUAGAGUAUACGGAUAUGCAUGCUGUGACGAUUACGCUUUACGUUCUCAGUCAACUGGUAUUUAACAUCGGCCCAAAUGCCUUAACCUUUAUUGUGAGUGUAUUUUACUUCUUCAUGAUCCCCCAACGACUCACAAAGAAUAAGGUAUCAGCAGAAAUUUUUCAAACCCGCUAUCGCGCUACAUGCCAUGGAAUCUCCAGUGCAGGGGGCAAACUUGGCUCCAUUGUCGUGCAGGUUCUCAUGUCCUCUUUUAUGACAUCCCCAGAGUCUAAAUACAUGUCCUCUGCCCUUUUUGCCUUUUGUGGCUGCAUGUUCUUGGGUGCCUUCUGCUGUUGGAUCUGGCUGCCGGACACGCAGGAGCCCAGAAACAGCAGCAAAACUGCACUCUCCAUCCGUGAAAAUGGAAACCAAGACGCGGUGUUAGGCGAAAAUGAGAGCCAAGCUGCUGUGAACGAAGGGAAUGACGGUUUCGGGAAUAGGCCAUUUCUUAGUUCUUAUAGGAUUCCCAACAAGUCGCUGGAAGAAGCGUCUGAGGGAUGGCUAGAGACCAUCGCACACGGCCAACAACUCGGGUUCAGGAUAAAGAUAAAUCGUUUAAUCGCAGGCUCCGUGCCACGCGAGACAGCAUCAAAACAUACACCAUACGUACAGCCCGUGCAACCCGUGCAACAACAAAAUCACUCUGAACGCCAUGAUUUUCAAAGACAUGCCGAAUCCAAGAACAACAAUCAUGCGGUGUCCAGCAGACCAGCCCCGGAACUGGAAUUAUACCACAAGCAGCUGGCAAAUUAUUAUCUGAAGAUUAUUUCUAACACUGCUUCCAUUUGA